AUGUCAUUUAUUUCAAGAGCGAAAUCGGAUGUGGAAAUUCUUCGAGAUGCUACCCUCGUCGUUCACUAUCAAUUUGAAGAUAACUUUUUGCUAGAUUCAGGACCUUUGAAGCUCAACGCAACAAAGUCGGUUAAUGGUCUGAGACAUGUACUCGGCGUCGUCGGCCGAGCUGUUGAAUUCGCUCAACAGAAUUCUUACAUUGAAGCAUCGGGAUUUGUUGAGCUGGGCAUGGGUAAUGAGCCAUUUUCGAUUUCACUGUGGAUUCAGCCGACGCAGGUAGCCGGCGGUGGCACGAUCGUUCAUGUAUCAUCCAAACAACUAUCCUGGUGCGUGCCUUUUAUUGGGUUUAGCUCGAGAGGAGAAAUCGUCGUUCAAGUUUGGUCGGAAGUUAUGAAGAGUAUUAUUGGUCCGAAUAUCACGAUGACAGGUGAAUGGACACACGUGACUCAAACAUACAGUUCAGAGAACGGUGUGAGACUGUUUGUCGAUGGAACGUUUAUUGAUUCAACAGAAUCCUUUCCAUACAAAUUAGGAGGCUUGCCGUUGAUGAUAACACUGGGCAGCAGUGAGACAACUCAGGUGUGCGCAGACAAUGGAGCGAUUGUGACCGGACAGUAUCUUGGUCUGAUGGAUGAAUUUCGUCUAUAUUCAAGGGAAUUAACGACAGCUGAUAUUUAUGCAUUGGCUCAUCCACCGCAACAGAAAAUACUAAACUGA